AAGAAAACCAGCUAACUAAAUACUGAUGAUGUCAUCGUGUGAAGAUGGCUGAAGGAGAAGCGUGGUGGGGAGGCUGGCUUCAGCAGAGUUUCCAGGCCGUCAAAGACAAGUCAUCUGAGGCCUUAGAAUUCCUAAAGCGGGAUCUGACCGAGUUCUCCACUGUAGUGCAGCAUGACACAGCCUGCUCAAUUGUUGCUACAGCCAAUGCUGUCAAGAACAAACUUGCUGUGGAAGGGUCGUCAGAGACGACAGAAAAAGUGAAAAAGAGUCUGUCUAGUUUUCUCGGUGUGAUAACGGACACUCUUGCGCCACCGCCUGAUAAAACAAUAGAUUGUGACGUAAUCACGUUGGUGGCGACACCAGCAGGGACCACAGAGGUGUACGACAGUUCGAAGGCGCGUCUCUACAGUUUGCAAGCUGACCCUGCUACCUACUGCAACGAGCCUGAUGGUCCUCCUGAGCAGUUUGACGCCUGGCUCUCCACUUUCAGCCUGGAGGAUAAGAAAGGAGACAUCUCAGAGCUCCUGGUCAACAGCCCCUCUAUACGAGCGCUUUACACCAAAAUGGUGCCAGCUGCUGUUUCCCAUUCAGAAUUCUGGCAGAGGUAUUUCUACAAAGUCUUCCAGCUGGAUCAGGAGGAGGCGAGGAGAGUGGCUCUGAAGCAGAGGGCGGAGCAGAGUGCACACACUGAGACCCUGGGCUGGGAGGAGGAAGAGGAAGAUGACUUCCUUGGCGCCGUGUCAUCGCCUCAGCUCAACAUCACGCCCCGUUCAGGUGUCGGUUCAGCCCGCCCCUCCACUUCUCCUGCAGAGGCGACUCUGCUGAGCCCCGUCCUCUCCCCGUCAGAGGAGCGCGACAACACCCUCUCUGUCAGCAGCGACACUGUCAGCCUGCCAACGCAGGUGGAGCUGCAGCCUCUGCCCGCCGCCGCCGAGCUCACCGAGAAACUAACCGAAGCCACCUUGGAGGACGUCGCUGACAAGAACCGAGACAAGCAGAGUCCCAAAACGAGUGACUUCCUUCACGCGGAUAAAGUGGAACCUGUAACGCAGCGGGAGGCCGUUCCGCACGGAGCGUCUGCGCAGAUCCCUGCCUCUAAACAUCCUGGGAACUCAAAAGAAGAGGGGCCGCAAGACUUGAGAGUGUUUGAGCUCAACUCUGACAGCGGGAAGUCCACGCCCUCUAACAAUGGCAAGAAAGGGUCCAGCACCGACGUUAGCGAAGACUGGGAGAAAGAUUUCGAUCUUGAUAUGACAGAAGAAGAAGUUCAACUCGCUCUUUCUAAAAUAGAUGAUUCUGCAGAGCUUGAGGAAGACUGGGAGAACUGGGAGUGAGAGCCUCACAAACUGACUGUCUCACUUUAAAAUGCUAGUUCACGGCAGAUGACCCAUGCUUCUCGUGUUUUAACUCUUUGUCCACUCAUGUCAUGAUUGUCAGUAGCAGAUUUUCUGGCUGAUUUGGACCUUUAUAAAACUGUUGAAAAAAAAAUCAACGAGAAGACCAAGGCAAUAAGAAUUCUACUGCUUUGUCAGCCGUCAGAUUAGUGCAGAUAAACCUCUGGAGAUGGUGAUAACUCAGGUCUGAGCGACCCCUCUCUUAGAGUCUUUAUGACACUAGCGUAUGACUCGUYGCAAUCGUUCUGACCUUAAAGUUGAAGGACAUGAAAGUCAGAAUGUUAAAAUGUCAGCAGCUGCAGGUGGAGCUUUUUUUUUUUUCAUUAAAUCCAUGAUAAGUCGCGAGUCUGUUUGAGGUUGAUGUUUUAUUUGUGGGCUGCAAAAUGGCCAUAAACUGUAAUGCUGCUUGUCACCUUUCGAAGAUGGAAGUCGUUUUUGAAUGAUGAUCAACUUGUGUCAUUCUCUUCUUCUUUUUACAUUUUUCAUCUUUAUUAUGCAAGUGAAUCCUCAAAAUGGAGAGAAAAAAAGAAGUAUAAUUUGGCCUUCACGGUGCACUUUUCAUUUUUGGAUUCCUCUUAAAUCUAAUGUAAGGCCUUGUUAAAAACACACACGGCAGUGUGGCAGUGUUAUCCAAAGGCUUUAGUUCCCCGUUUUGUCUUACAAGUUUCCAUAGAAAGGCUUGUUGCUUGUUGGACUCUGUUAGUUAUUGUCACUUUUAAAUGUGUCACGAUUGUAAAAUUUAGGUAGAGGGAACUUUAUCACCUGUCUUUAAGUGAUCAUGUUUAACUUGAAGCGAGUUUCAAAUGGUAUUUGAUUUUAUUAGCUUAAAUUUGAGGAUAGUAUCUCUCUUUUUUUUUUCCUUGAGAGAAACGACAAAGGUGUGCAUUUUUAGGUUUCUCUGUUGGUUAGAAUAGCUCAGCAGACUGUGUGCCAAUUAGAUCAAGAAGCAAUCUGAACACGCUACGUUUUGCUAUGUUUUGCUUUUGUCUCUCUCCUCCCCUAUCUGUACCGUAUCUGAGAAACCUAGAGGUGUAAUAUUUAUACUAAAAUAAAUGCUUAAUUAUUGUGAUUUUGUGCUUUUGAUUGCAUGUCUGUGCAAUAACAUUAUGCAAAACAUUGUGCAAAUGGGUACUGUUGAGUUGUAUGUUUUGUUGUUUUUUUUUUGGCUGAUCUUCAUGUGCUUGUGUUCAGAAGAUGUGUUGCAUGUCUAAUAUUUUCGGCUUUGUAUUUCACUCGGUUUCACACGUUGAGCUAAUCGAAGCUGUUCUGCACACAUCUGUUUCCGGAGCUGUCAGGUUCUUUUAUUAUUUUUUUUAUGUCAAGUAUUUCACGAUAUUUCUCGAAUGAUCAUGAGCAUUAAAACUAUCAUGGCAAA